CAGGACCUUAAAACCUCUGAAGGAAGAGGAUAACAUCACAUCCUCAUCCAGAGCUUUCUCACAACUCACAAAUGGCGACCUCUGUAAGAAUACCAUCGUCAAUUUCAUUCCUUUCUUCCUCAAUUUUCUCCCUUUCUUCUUCAAGUCAAACCUCCUCCACCUCUCUUUUCAUCAAACCCCCAAAACCCCACCUUCUCAAAUGCACCACCGCCGUAAUCCGCUCCGAGCUCGCCACCCUCCCAGUACUCUCCUUCGACGGCACCAAGAUCGGAGAAACCUCCCUCAACCUCAAAUCCGCCAACCCAGACACCGCUCGCGCCGUCGUCCACCGUGGUAUCACCACCGACCUAAACAACAAGCGCCGUGGUACCGCUUCCACUCUUACCCGAGCGGAGGUUCGAGGAGGUGGGAAAAAACCCUUCCCACAGAAGAAACUCGGCCGUGCCCGCCGUGGGUCGCAGCGUACGCCGCUUCGUCCCGGCGGAGGAGUCGUUUUCGGCCCUAAACCCCGUGAUUGGUCCGUGAAGAUCAACAAGAAAGAGAAACGGCUGGCGAUUUCAACGGCGUUGGCGAGCGCCGCCGUGAACGGGAUAGUGGUGGAGGAGUUUGGGGAUAAGUUUGAGAAACCUAAAACGAAAGAUUUCAUUGAAGCAUUGAAGAGAUGGGGGAUUGAUCCGAAGGAGAAAUCGAUGUUUUUUAUGACAGAGGUUUCGGAUAAUGUGGUUUUAGCGAGUAGGAAUAUUGGGACCUUGAAGAUGUUGACACCAAGAACAUUGAAUCUGUUCGACAUUUUGAAUGCAGAUAAGUUGGUGUUCACAAAACCUGCAUUGGAUUACUUGAAUGAAGCUUAUGGGUAUGAUGAUGGAGAAGAUGAAGAUGAAGAUGAUGAAGAACAAGUUGAUGAAGGGAUCCCGACAGAGGAGGAGGAGGCGUCGCCGCCGCCGUCAAGCGAAGAAUGAAGCUGAUCGAGCAUCCCAUUUUCCGUAAUCGGUUAUCAAAAUUCAUCAUGUAGUUGCACCAAAUUUCUUCAGUUCUGUAAGUCAAUUUUUUUUGAGAAUACAAGAUUGAAGUGGAUAUUGAUAAUAGGUAUUGUUCUGUUUAUCUUUGUAAUCUUCCUUGUCAUUUAUACAAAAUCUAUCAUUUUAAUCA